AAUACUCUUGUAACAGUAAGGCCAUUUAAAUAAGAAUUUGAGAACUGGGAAAGGGAUCCCACUGAAAUAUUCCUGUGCACAUAUAAACUCAGUCGCCCAGAGGGAGAUAAUUCAUAGCUGGUGACAGAUCUAAACUUAUCACUCUGGCUUUUAGUGUGUGAUACUCUCUUCUUCUCCAUCUGUAAGGGCUCCAGGAGGAAUUGCUACACCUCUAGUGUAUGGUCAGCUUCUAGCUUUAUAUCUGCUCCAUAAUGACAUGAAUAAUGCAAGAUACCUUUGGAAAAGAAUACCACCUGCUAUAAAGUCGGCAAAUUCUGAACUUGGGGGGAUUUGGUCAGUGGGGCAGAGAAUCUGGCAGAGGGAUUUCCCUGGCGUCUACACCACCAUCAACGCCCACCAGUGGUCCGAGACGGUCCAGCCCAUCAUGGAAGCACUCAGAGAUGCUACCCGGAGGCGCGCCUUCGCCCUGGUUUCUCAAGCCUACACCUCCAUCGUCGCCGACGACUUCGCAGCCUUCGUCGGCCUGCCUGUGGAGGAAGCUGUGAAAGGGGUGCUGGAGCAGGGGUGGCAGGCUGACUCCUCCACGAGGAUGGUGAUGCCCAAGAAGCCAGUUGCAGGUGCCCUGGAUGUUUCCUUUAACAGAUUUAUUCCGUUGUCAGAGGCUGCCCCUGUCCCGCCCAUCCCCAACGAGCAGCAGUUAGCCCGACUCACUGACUACGUGGCUUUCCUCGAAAACUGACUGACUCCGAGUUCCAGAUCCACCACCAGAAUCCUGUAUACUGACAAAUAGAGAAAUGUAAAGUUUUUAUUUGCAAUUUUAUUGGCUGGAUUGAGCACCUCAGCGUUCCUUACUGAGUAUGUGAUAAAACACGUAAAGAAGAAUAUAUAUUUUGUCCUUCAACGUUAUGCUGAAUGGUCGUGGAAACAAUUCUCAUUUUGUGCUAGUUGACGAUUUGGACGGAGCCCGUCAGUGUUAGCAGGGAGUUAGUGUUUCCUAGUGACUCGUGAAUGAGCUCCCUGCUGCCUGCGUCGCAGCGGCUGUCAGCUGCUUCCUCCCCGGCUCGAGGCACCCUGCGCCUGCACCGCGGGCUGGUGGCUGCACUGAUGCACGGCUGUCCCCAGGGGCCUAUCUGACUGUCUGGGGACCCUGACUCCCCCUCCUCGGGGCUGUGCUCUUCCCCUCUCCCCUGCUGAGAAUCAGUCGUAAAAAUGCUGAGCUAGAGCUAAGAACAAAAGACCCGUUUCCGUAGUAAACCGCUUUGUUAGCUUUAGGUUGUUUGCCUUUUUUGAGAGUGUGAGUACAUCCAUUGCUGGCAGUGGAGGGCUUGCCGUGGAGAUGGACUUAUUAAGACCUUCACGAGAAGCACGAAGUUGCCGCGAUUCCUUUCAGAAGGAGGGAGACUGUGGAGUGCGUUACUUGAGACAGAAGCUGUUGAGUGAUCCACUUUGUCCAGCUACCCUGCAGCCUGUUGGUUGCUUAUAUUUAUCCCUUGGGUCAAGUUCUGCCUUUUGAGAAAUACUGUACAAGGCUUUCAUUUUUUGUGUGACAGCCUCUGAUGUUUGAAGCUGUUCCUUGUAUCUUCAGGGUAAAGCUACCCCCUAGUUCAUUUAUUCUGCAUUUGUUCAAUAAAUAAUUAAUUGAAUUCCUCAA